AUGUUUUCAAAGACUACUCUUGCUGUCCUCGCCCUUGUUGGUUCUACUGUUGCUCAGUUCUGUCCUGAAGCUUUGCGUUUUGGUUCCCUUGCAUCAGUCUCCCCCGAGCCUAUAGUUCUUGGGCAGGAAGUGACCUUCACAGCCAAUUUUACUUGUGCCAUCGAGCUCGGUUAUGCCCCAGUAUACGUUGACUAUACUUUGGUUGUUCCAGCAGCCAACAACACUGGUUACCAACCUCCUAUCUACUUCGGACGUCGUGAUGGUCCCUCUAGUGGAAUCGAUACUUUCACGGUCACUUUUGACCCAACCUAUUCUCCUUUUACCACCUAUCCUGAUGCACAGUAUGAAAUUAUUCUCACCAGCACAUAUGCGGCCGACUCAGACAGCUACGGUACCACUUUAGUUAGCGGCUAUACUACUUACGGAGUUUCCCUUACCCAAGCUUCUGAUUGA